AAAAUCUUGAAAAGCAAAAACUAAAGAAGGCUCUUGCUUUAGCUUCGUGCUAUCUCGGUUGUUUACUGUAACUUUUCCUGUGGUCAUGACCACAACUCUGCCGUGGCGGCAGCCACUGCUCCCCUUGCGCCUCCAUAGGCGCCCAAUCCCCCUGUGUAACGCUGUCACUGUUCGUGCCUUUCAGCGCAGCGACUUCGACAGGUUCGCUAGAAAUGCCUGGCGCACCGCUAACGACGGCUUCGAGCAGUUUAUAUUUGAGGCCAAGAAGACUGCAGAGCGUAUUGAUCGCAGAUACUCCGUCUCCCGCCGCCUUAAUUCUGUAGCACAAUCUGCCGCUGACCGCUUCCGUGAGGUUGAUAGGGAGAUGGAGAUUAGUGUUCGAUGGCGCACAUUUUCCAUGGACUUUGUUAGAAAUUGGCCUAGGUACAGGAGGCAGCUUAAUGAUUUUCUCGAUACCCCAUUAGGAAGGAGCUUUGCCACUAUUUUUUUCCUUUGGUUUGCGUUAUCUGGGUGGUUGUUUCGCUUCUUGAUAUAUGCUACGUGGAUUCUACCAUUUGCUGCACCUCUUCUCAUCGGGACUGUGGCAAAUAAUCUUGUCAUUAAGGGGGCUUGUCCAGCAUGUAAGAGGCAGUUUGUUGGUUACAAGAACCAAAUAAUUCGCUGUGGUAGCUGCGGUAACAUUGUGUGGCAGCCAGAAGGAGACUUCUUCUCAAGAGGUGGUAGAGGUAGAGGGAGCUCUUCUUCGAAAUCCGAUCGUGAUAUUAUUGAUGUUGAAUUUGAGGAGAAAUGAACUGAGAUGCUAGAUCGAAAAUGAUGGUUCACCUCAUGCAGACUCUGCACGGCAUGCGGAAAAUUAAAGAAGAUAAUGGGUGGUCUGAGGGGAGAGGAGGGAUGGUGUUUGAGUGAUGUGUAGACCUAAAAGUUAGUUUUAUUCAAAGUUUGGUUUUCUCCAAAUUGCGCCUGUCAGAAUAGUUAUCUUAUACUAUCUUUGUUACACUCAGUUUAGAAAUGUACAAUACCCUUUGUCCAUAAAUCGUAACAGAAUAAAUUUUUGCUAACACUGCAAUGUGUGGCAAAUUAGAUAAUAAACUCGGGAAAUUCGUUGUAUGCUAGUGUUUAUAUGGCAUUAAGACGACUUGUUUUUCCCCCUGAA